GAUACAUCAUGCUACUUUCAUUUUGAGUAAACUCACAGAACAUUCUGCACAGAAGCCGCGUUUGUCUCAGCAAGGAACCAAGUCUUCUCCAGAGACCCAGUUACAGUAAGUGGGGAGGGUUGGUCACAGAUAGAUGGGCACCACAUGCCUUCACUUCUGAGAAGAAACCAGAAAGAAGAGAAUUAGGAGAGGUAGCAGCCCAGGGCAGGGAACAUGGGGAGAAGAAGAAACACUUUUGCUGCAGUCGGAGGCAGGAAAAAUGGGCAGACUAGGCAGAAUAAUGAUGGCAUACAAGCAUGUGGUCGGCAUCUUUUCACGAGAUACUCGGGAUGCGUUUGAUUGGCUAGACCGUUUCCUCCUGACCAUACCUGGAGUGAAUGACGUUCGAACUAUACAUAUCACCAACACCAACUAUAUAGAGGUUAUGGAGGAGGCCUAUAAGUGCACCUUUGCCAUCCUGUACCAUUCCAAGAACAGAGGAAGGAUAAAUGUAGCCGACGUGACAGACGCUCUCUAUGACAAAGAACUGGACGAUUUGUCUCGUUGUCUAGGAAGAGAUAGGGUCAUUGUAGUGAUAGAUGAUGUGGAGGACAGCUGUUUGGAGGCCAAGAACAAUAUCCUGCAGAAGCAGCCGAGCAUUGGGAGACUGACCAUAGAACUCUACCUCUUCGGUGACCAGGACAAGAAUUAUCAAGGAGAAGCAUCAAAUUUCACUGGAAACAAAUUGGUUCAUAUGAAGAGGUUAAUAAGUGGGAAAAUCAACAAGGACCAUCGUCCUGAAACCUCAGUAAACAUGGACAACUAUGUCCCGUAUACCGACAAAUCAAGAAAAAACAUUAUUGGCUUUUUAAAGAACUAUGGAGUAAUGAUAUUUGGGAUUAUAGUUGUACUUGUGAUUGUGGCGGUAGUCAUCAGUUGUAAUAGAUACACAGAGAACUGGACGACUACUGCAGGGUACCCUACUACAAGCAACAUGCCCACCACCUGGCAUCCAGAAUCAAGCCUGCCUAAAACCACCCAUCAUCCAACCAACUUUACUUCUGUAGAUACCACACCCAAUCCUGGCAAUGGCACCUAGGAGUCUCCAACAUCAACCUUCCAUGCCAAAAAUAUCAGCUUGAGUCCAUGAAGGGUUUUCAUUCCAGGGGACAACACAGUCUGGAACAAAUUUGUUCCUUUAGUGACAAAGAAACCUCUAGAAAUGGUUCACAUUUGCAAACUUAACAAGUAUUGAGUGAUUUAUCAUUUUUGAUGCUGAAAACAUGGCAGUGUAUGAGUAACUGUUGCUUUUUGCUUGAGUUGAAGAUCUCUUGCCUCUCCUACUGUAAGCUAGCACCAAAUUGUUCUGAUGUUGGCCAAUGUGCCAGGCAUCUAUUUGCUUCCCUUCCCAUAUUAAGCUGCUUCUUGACUUGUGUAGUUCAGACCAUUUCCAAAGGCCUUUGUCUUUCCCCCAUCACAGUUGUUUGGGGUUUGUUAGCUCAGAUCAUUGCCUGAGAUGGAGACUUGCUCUUCUUUUUUUCUGAUGACUGAAGUGUAACCCAGGAAAGGGAAUUUGAGAAGCUAUGAAGGCUAGAGUCCUGCAUGGGUCCAAUCAGAAGGACCCGGACCUGCUGACCCCUAUCCCAACCCACACCCACCACCCAAUACAUUCCCCUACCAGAGCUGCUACUCAACCCGAACCCUACACAGUUAAACUUACCUUCCAAGCCGGGACCGCAUAACCAGAAAUUACCUGAAAUGACUUCACUGUAGACUGGAAGUGAUGUCAUUCCGGCACCUUUUUGGCAGGAAAGGGACAUCUUAGCCAGGUACCCAGGCAGGCAUACAGAAUAGCCCAUACAUAGUAAAGCUGGAGUACAUAACCUGUGAGUUCAUAACAUUUAUUUAUUUAUAUGGCAUGGACAUGUUGCAGAGCACUCACAUCUAUUUCUGCACAAGCAUAAGGUCCCUAUAACAUUCACCAGAUUUAAUACCAGUAUAUGUGUGUGAGGAAACUUUGGUGCCUGGGAGAAGGGGAUGACACUUCAUUGGGAAGCCCCUACAUCUGUCUGAGAAAUUGUACCAAAAGCCAAUGACAUCUGUAUAAGAAAGAGUGGGGCAAGUAACACGAGGGGCAGAUGCCCAUCUUACAAACAUUAAAUGUUUUUGAACUACAAUUCCUAGAAUCCUAUUUUACCCACCUUAAAUUCUGGGCAAAAAAAGACCCAUUGUGGGAGAACAAAACAGCACAUUGUGUGUUUUAUUUUAUAGUUUGCCUUAUGGGUACCCUGGGGUAUUGGGACCUAGGCUCUCUCUAUAGCCGACUGACCUUGCUCCCUGUUGUAUGCCCUUCCUAGCAAAACCCAGCCUGGACUGUUUCGCUCCUGGAUCCCUACAGGUGUUAGGAACUACCUAGUUAUGAACCAGGGACCUGUUACAUUCCAGGCACUGCUCCUCCUGCCUGAGCUACAGGAGGCAGCAUGGCGAGAGCCUGAAAUAUAAUAUCUUCUAUGACACUGCCUCCAUCUUCCAGGAAUCCAUGCCCUCUAUCCAGCUGUGGGCAAUUGCUCAUUUAAAGGCUAUUUAAGCUUGCAUCCCAGACUCCUCAGUGCUGGAUUAUUGGAUUUACCGCUGACUCCAAGCCUCGUGAAAAUCUUGAUCUUGAUCCUGUUUUGGUUCCUGCUCUUGAUCCUGCUCCUGUUUCUGCUCCUGUUCUCGAAUCUGGUAAUCUUGUCUUGUUCCUGUUUCGUCCUGUCCUGUUCCUAUCUGGUCCCUGAUUUCUAUUUCUAAUCCCUCUGAUUUUUGAUCUCCUGUUAUUGACCUUGACUAGUUUUUUGACCCGUCCUUACCUUUGGCCUGUCCCUGAUCUGUUUGUCUGCCACCUGCCCUUGACCUUUGGCCUGAACUCAGUCUUGUUUUUGCUGCCUUGUUAUAUCUCUCUGCAGAAGUGUGUGCACAUUUUUUCCAUAUUAAAACUUAAAAGUUAUACAGCA